AUGAGCGGGAGGCGGGAGUUGGACAAAGUAAGAAUGGCAAUUGUAGGCUGCGGCACAAUCUCGCAGCUGAACGCGCCCGGCUACCUAAUGCACGAACAUUGCGAGAUUACUGCGCUCUGCGACCCGCAGCCUGAACGCGCCGAGCAGCGCGCCAAGCAGUGGGGCAUCAGCCCGCGCAUCCACGCCAGCUACGAAGACCUACUCAACGACUCGGAUGUGGACGCCAUAGAGUUGCUCACGCCUACCCACCUGCACCCGCAGCAGAUUGUGGACGGGCUGAACGCCGGCAAACAUGUUUCCUGCCAGAAGCCGAUCUCAUCGACGGUCGCGGAAAUCGACACGAUUGAGUCGGCUCUUCAAAGCGCGACGACGAAGUACCGUACUACCGAGAACUUCCUGUACUACCCACCAAUUGUGAAGGCCAAGGAAUUGCUGGACGCGGGUGGGAUGCUGUAUGACGACGGCUGGCACAAGUACGCGACAGCCAUAAACUGGAUAGGUGAGGUCGAAAGUGUGCAGAGCAUCGUCUCAAGGUCUGACGACUAUCUGGACGAAACGCCCAGCGCGGCGAUAUGGAAGUUCAAAGACAGGAAUUGCCUCGGCGUGCUGGAAUACUCCUCCGCGCCAGAGAUGACCAUUCGAGGCAGGUACUACGCUGCGGACGAGUUCUUUGAGAUUCAAGGCAGCAAGGGCGCAAUAUGGGUGACUCGCUGUACAGGGGAAAUGCUUGACCUGCCGCCCGUGAUGGUCGUCAAGGGCACGGAGACAACAGGAAUCCAAGUUCCAAUGGACUGGAUUGAAGGCUUCAACGGCGCGGCCCGCCAUUUCAUCGAUUGCAUCAUAAAGGACGAGCAGCCGGACAUGGAUAUCGCCUUCUCUCGCCACACUAUGCAGGUGGCGAUGGCAGUCUAUAAAGCCGCUGACGAAGAGCGACCUGUACAACCGUCAAGCCUGACUUAG